AUGGAUAACGAAAAUAUUGAAGAUGCGAAUCUCGAAGAUAGAACAAACGUCAUAUAUGAUUCGGAAUUUCAAGUAGGUCAAAUCACUUCUACUGACCUAUAUCAUCCUGAGCCAAUACAAAUACUAACUCGUGUCAGGGAGGAGUUAGAAAAUAGACAACAUAUCUGUGUCACAUCUCUUUCUUGUGUUGCAGUGCAUCAGUUAUAUCUUUUGGAAUUAAUAUCACAACAUAGAACUAGGCAAAUUAAUGACGACAAGUUGGAAAGAGAACUUAGGCGUACUCAAUUAAUGACACAGUUAUUGGAGUCUGAAAAAUGCCGAUAUGUCAUACGUAUGGGCCCUGAAGCAUUUAGGCAAUUGUGUCAGAAAUUAAGAGGAACUGGUAGAGUAAAGGAUUCAACUCGUUCUACGGUUGAAGAGCAAGUCGCUAAAUUCCUACAUAUUAUAGGGCAUAAUGUGAAAACUAGAACCAUGUCUUUCUUCUUCCACCGGUCAGAAAAGACAAUUAGUCGUCACUUUCACAAUGUCCUACAUGCUAUUCUAUCGUUAGAGGGAGACUUCUUCAGGCAACCAUCUGGUGAGGAAGUUCCUUACGAAAUACUUAAUAAUAGUCGAUUCUAUCCGUUUUUUAAGGAUUGCAUUGGAGCCAUAGAUGGAAUUCAUAGUCGUGUGAAGGUACCAAGGGUGGACGCCCCUCGUUUUCGCGGACGAAAAGAUCACCCAACACAAAAUGUUUUAGCGGCCUGUGGUUUUGAUAUGAAAUUCACUUAUGUGUUGUCCGGAAAAUUUUAUCUAGGCGAUGCUGAAUUCAUGCUGAAGCCUGGGAUACUUACACCAUAUAGAGGUGUUCGGUAUCACCUGAAAGAGUAUUCAGUACGUGAGCCACAAAAUCCUAAAGAACUAUUCAACCACUGGCAUUCUUCAUUAAGAAAUGUCAUUGAAAGAUGUUUUGGAGUUCUAAAGAAAAGAUUCCCAAUUAUAGCUGGCGACACUGAACCAUAUUAUUCAUUUGAAACUAUGAAAGAUAUUUUUUUGGCAUGUUGUAUACUGCAUAACUUUUUGAUGGGUGUUGAUGUUGAUCAAUCUAUAAUUGAUGAGGUUGACAGAGAAUUGCUACAAGAACGCAAUAUAGAUAGAUCACAACCAAAUCAACAACGUGAUGAGGAAUAUAGGCAUGCAGCAUUAUUACGAGAUAACAUUGCGGCUGAAAUGUGGAAUGUGUAUCAAACAUUAUGA